UUGACAGUGUUUUGUUGUGUUUAGUUCUGCUAUGAUUCCAAAGAGUCAAUUUUCGAGUGAUUCAAAAUUACUCAAUAAUUCACAUUUCGCAAAACAUGCGGAAAAGACAAAUUGAUACGCUUAAAAUAUUCAAUUUAAAUGUACAGGAAGUUAAGGACAAUGAAGAGUAUCUGGUAAAUUUCGAUUCCGGUGGGCGAGAGAUUGCAAUCAACAUAAUUUUAGGGGCAGGAUUUCCAAAUGAAAAACCAAAACUGAUUGUUAGCCCAAUUCUCAGCCAUCCAUGGGUUAACUCUAGCACCGGAGAAAUUGAAGGUGCUCCGGGAAUUCUCAAUUACACCAUACAUUCCGAUCUGGGCAGAGUUGUGCAAGCCAUCAGCCGUGAGUUCGAGAAGCAUCCCCCUGGCGUACUGAACGAUAGAACUUCCACACCGCAACACGUUCGUAAUGGUAACAUCCAUGAAUUAGCUCGAACAAACACCGCCUCUCCUGUGGGGGAACAGGAUGUGUUCAAUCUUCGAACGCUGGCAGUUGAGGAACUGGCCCGAUUGAAUGGCGAUGAAGACUAUCUGGAGGAUUUCAUCGACAAGCUGGGUUUCAUCCAGAAUCAAAACAAGGAAAUGAAUCAGCUGAUGGAUCAGAUCGAAGCACUGGCGGUGGACAAUUUAACAAAAAAAAAGUUUAUCGACGAAAGACGCGAAAAGUUGCAGGAGUUGUUUCUGAGUUUCAAGGAACUGGGCGAGAAGUACGAGCUCUCGAAUCAAAAGUAUCAAAGAAAGUCGGAAGAUUUUUCGCCCCAACAUAUCAAAGAACUGCUCCAAAUCGCUGUCUCCACGGCUGAUGCCAGUAGUGAUGAAGAAGCUCACAAGUUUCUUGCCGGUGACACCGAUGUUAAUACUUUUUUAAGUAAUUUCAUUGAGACCAGGAAAAGUUACACCAUGCGAAAAGCAAAAGAGGAAAGACUCACCCAGCAGCUGGACGCAUUGGAACGAGCUGCCUUCUGAUGUUGAACUGAUUUUCGCCUCCUUCCGAGGUGAAUAUUUGAUGUGAUAUAUUUAGAAAAAAAUAGUCACUUGUUGUCGGUGUUUGUACUGUAUCAAAUAUAAUAUAUCGUGACAUGUAAAAUAAUAGCAAAGAUAUUUAAGGGAAGCUUACAUUGUUUAUUCGUACCUAU